GCUGCUCUGCGCUGCCCUCGGCUCCGCCGGGCGUCUGAGCGCCCGCCCCGGCAACGAAGUUAAUCUGCUGGAUUCAAAAACAAUUCAAGGGGAGCUGGGCUGGAUCUCCUACCCAUCACAUGGGUGGGAAGAGAUUAGUGGUGUUGAUGAGCAUUAUACUCCAAUCAGAACUUACCAAGUGUGCAAUGUUAUGGAUCACAGUCAAAACAAUUGGCUGCGAACAAACUGGAUUCCACGCAAUUCAGCACAGAAGAUAUACGUGGAGCUCAAAUUUACCUUGAGGGACUGCAAUAGUAUCCCUCUAGUUCUGGGCACUUGCAAAGAGACUUUCAAUCUGUAUUACAUGGAAUCCGAUGAUGACCAUUUGGCAAAGUUCAGAGAGCACCAAUUUACAAAGAUUGACACCAUUGCAGCUGAUGAGAGCUUCACCCAGAUGGAUCUUGGGGACCGGAUUCUCAAGCUGAAUACAGAAGUCCGCGAGGUGGGACCUGUUAGCAAGAAGGGCUUUUACUUGGCUUUCCAAGAUGUAGGUGCAUGUGUUGCCUUAGUCUCGGUGCGAGUGUACUUCAAGAAGUGCCCUUUCACUGUCAAGAACCUCGCCAUGUUUCCAGAUACAGUUCCUAUGGACUCCCAGUCCCUGGUGGAGGUGCGGGGUUCUUGUGUCAAUCAUUCCAAGGAGGAAGAGCCACCCAAGAUGUACUGCAGCACGGAAGGAGAAUGGCUAGUGCCCAUAGGGAAGUGCUUGUGUAAUGCUGGCUAUGAAGAAAGAGGCUUUGCGUGCCAAGCUUGUCGACCUGGGUUCUAUAAAGCUUCUGCUGGCAAUGUGAAGUGUGCCAAAUGUCCACCUCACAGCUCCACCUAUGAAGAUGCAUCUCUGAACUGCAGGUGUGAAAAGAAUUACUUUCGCUCUGAGAAAGACCCUCCAUCCAUGGCUUGCACCAGACCACCAUCUGCUCCAAGAAACGUUAUUUCUAACAUCAAUGAGACAUCUGUUAUCCUGGACUGGAGCUGGCCUCUUGACACAGGAGGUCGAAAGGAUGUCACUUUCAACAUCAUUUGCAAAAAAUGUGGAGGAAGCAGCAAGAUAUGCGAGCCCUGUAGUGACAACGUACGAUUCUUACCCCGUCAGGCUGGCCUCACCAACACCACGGUGACAGUAGUGGACCUUUUGGCACAUACCAAUUACACUUUUGAGAUUGAUGCGGUCAAUGGGGUAUCUGACUUGAGUACACUUUCCAGACAAUUUGCUGCUGUCAGCAUCACGACUAAUCAGGCUGCACCAUCCCCCAUCACAGUGAUAAGGAAAGACCGGACAUCCAGGAACAGCGUGUCUCUGUCUUGGCAGGAACCUGAGCACCCAAAUGGAAUCAUCUUGGACUACGAGGUCAAAUACUAUGAAAAGCAGGAACAAGAGACAAGCUAUACUAUUCUGAGAGCCAAAAGCACUAAUGUUACUAUCAGCGGCCUCAAACCUGAUACCACCUACGUCUUCCAAAUUCGAGCCCGAACUGCAGCAGGAUAUGGGACAAGCAGCCGCAAGUUUGAAUUUGAAACCAGUCCAGAUUCAUUCUCCAUUUCCAGUGAAAAUAGCCAGGUUGUUAUGAUUGCCAUUUCAGCUGCAGUUGCCAUCAUUCUCCUCACGGUUGUUGUGUACGUCUUGAUUGGGAGAUUCUGUGGAUACAAGAAGUCUAAACAUGGUACUGAUGAGAAAAGACUACAUUUUGGGAAUGGCCAUCUAAAACUCCCAGGCCUGAGAACUUAUGUAGAUCCACAUACGUAUGAAGAUCCCAAUCAAGCUGUACAUGAAUUUGCCAAGGAACUAGAUGCUUCUAACAUAUCAAUUGAUAAAGUCGUUGGAGCAGGGGAAUUUGGAGAAGUGUGCAGUGGGCGCCUGAAGCUGCCUUCUAAAAAGGAAAUUUCAGUGGCCAUCAAAACUCUGAAAGCUGGCUACACGGAAAAACAGAGAAGGGAUUUCCUGGGAGAAGCAAGCAUCAUGGGGCAGUUUGACCACCCCAACAUCAUCCGACUGGAGGGCGUUGUGACUAAAAGUAAACCAGUUAUGAUUGUUACUGAAUACAUGGAAAAUGGUUCAUUGGACAGCUUCCUACGGAAACACGAUGCCCAGUUCACAGUCAUUCAGCUAGUAGGCAUGCUUCGUGGGAUUGCAUCUGGCAUGAAAUAUUUGUCAGAUAUGGGUUACGUCCACCGUGAUCUAGCUGCUCGUAACAUACUCAUCAAUAGUAACUUGGUAUGCAAAGUCUCAGAUUUUGGUCUUUCCCGCGUAUUGGAAGAUGAUCCAGAAGCUGCUUACACGACAAGGGGGGGCAAGAUUCCCAUCCGAUGGACAUCGCCAGAAGCCAUAGCAUACCGGAAGUUCACAUCAGCCAGUGAUGCGUGGAGUUAUGGGAUUGUGCUCUGGGAGGUGAUGUCUUAUGGAGAGAGGCCGUACUGGGAGAUGUCCAACCAGGAUGUAAUUAAGGCUGUUGAUGAAGGGUAUCGCUUGCCACCUCCUAUGGACUGCCCAGCUGCCUUGUAUCAGCUGAUGCUGGACUGCUGGCAGAAAGACAGAAACAACAGACCCAAGUUUGAGCAGAUUGUCAGCAUCCUGGAUAAGCUGAUCCGUAAUCCCAGCAGUCUGAAAAUAAUCACCAAUGCAGCAGCAAGGCCAUCAAACCUUCUCCUGGACCAAAGUAACAUUGACAUUUCAGCUUUCCGCACAACAGGUGAUUGGCUCAAUGGUUUUCGAACAGGACAGUGCAAAGGCAUUUUCACUGGUGUGGAGUACAGUUCCUGUGAUACAAUAGCCAAGAUUUCCACUGAUGACAUGAAGAAAAUUGGUGUUACAGUUGUGGGGCCUCAAAAGAAGAUCGUUAGCAGUAUCAAAACUCUAGAAACUCAUACGAAGAACAGCCCUGUUCCUGUGUAAGGUACCAAAAUGAUGUUGCUGAGGACAGAAAAAAGAAAAGUCGCAUCAAAGAGCAAAAGCGAUGGCUGAUAAAUGGCACAGUUUAAAGGAGUUCUUUGCAGCAGUUUUGGAAACAUAACGAUUGAAAUUUCAAACCCACUGAGACACUCAAAUACUGAGUAUAAAUGCCUUAAAAAUAGGAGCGAACUUGUUUUGUAUCUGUUAAUCCUGAAGGGUGGGUGCUCUUAACUGACUGUUAAUGCAGAUAGUAAAUUUCAAAAGAAAAAAAAAAAGUAAAAAAUCCUUCCGAGUAAAAAACAGUGAUACUAAAACCUAGAGCCAUUUGAAUAUUAAGUGACUGAAUAACAUGAAAAACCCAAGGACAUAAAAGCUGUGUAUUUGAUCUAUACAGCAAACAAGAAGAAAGAAAGACUUACAGUAUUUUUAUACAGAAGAGAUCUGUAACAGCUAUUUUAUUUCUUUAAAAGCAAGGAAAAUAGAGGACUAUACCUCGCAAUCUGUCUGGCCAUAUUUACUAUAAUGUCAUUGUAACAUGCUAUUUGAACUUCAGAAAGGAAUACAGAAAUAAAAUUUGUAGUGACUGGGUUAGUUGGCAAAAGAUUUUCACCAUUGUGUUAGUUUCCCUAAUUGUGUUCAUUUAAAUAGAAAAAAAAAAAAGUCUU